AGUAUUUAUCCAAGUAAUACUUGGAAACGCUUAGAAAAUAACCAACAAUUUUUAUCUAGUGUGGUAUAAAUUAAUUUUAAUUAGUUUAAUUAAUUUUCAACUGUAAAAAUGGGUGAUGAAGAAGAUGCUAAAGAAUAUCGCUGGGAAACUGGUUAUGAAAAAACUUGGGAAGAUUUAAAAGAAAAUGAAGAUGGAUUACUUGAAGCAUCGGUCGCUGAUAUUAUACAACGGGCCAAACGAAAACGACAAGCACAAAAGAAGGGGAAUACGAAAUUGGGCAUGAUGCGGCAUUUGUACAUUCUUUUAGAUUGUUCAGAAUCUAUGUCCAAUCAAGAUUUAAAACCAACUAGGCAUUUGUGUACCUUAAAAUUAUUAGAAGGUUUCGUAGAAGAAUUCUUCGAUCAAAAUCCAAUUAGUCAAUUAGGUGUAAUAAUUUUGCGUAAUAAACGAGCAGAAAAAAUAAUAGAUUUAGCUGGAAAUAGUCGUAAACAUGUAAAAAUAAUUCAUGGUUUAAAUACAACUGCCUUGAUUGGGGAACCAUCGUUAAAGAAUGGAUUAGAUCUUGCUUUAAAAUCGUUAAAAGUCUUACCAUCACAUGCCAGUCGAGAAAUAUUAGUCAUUCUAGGAAGUUUAACUACAUGUGAUCCUGGCGACAUUACAGUGACUAUCGAUGUAUUAAAAACUGAAGGUGUUAGAUGUUCUGUUAUCGGUUUAGCCGCAGAUAUUCUUGUUUGUCGACAACUAACACUUGAAACUGGUGGUUUAUAUGGCGUUAUUUUGGAUGAUUGCCAUUAUAGAGAUCAAUUAUUUCAACAUAUUGACCCACCUGCAGCUGCAGUGUGUUUAGAAUCGUCUUUAAUUAAAAUGGGAUUUCCACAUAAUUUAGUUACAGAGAGAAAAGAAGAACCUUUGACCAUGUGCAUGUGCCACGUGGAUAGUACAGAUGAAGCAAGUAAAUUAACCACUGGUGGUUAUUAUUGCCCACAAUGUUCAAGUAAAUAUUGUGAGUUGCCUGUUGAAUGCCGUGCUUGCGGGCUAACGUUAGUAUCGGCACCACAUCUAGCCAGAUCGUAUCAUCAUUUAUUCCCGGUUGAUCCAUUUACUGAAAUUGAUAAUGAAAAUCAAGUUGAAAUUUGUUAUGCUUGCCAGAAAAAUUUUACAGAUACAGAUAAACACGUUUAUCGAUGUGAAAUUUGUAAACAAAUAUUUUGUAUUGAUUGUGAUAUAUUUGUCCACGAAACAUUACACACAUGUCCAGGAUGUGCGUCAAAUCCAAAAACAUUUCAACAUAAUACCACGGAUCAUUUAAGCAAUUCCAAUCAUGGAAAAUAA